AUGCCUCCUUCACCGGCGCUGCCACCACCCGAUUUUCCGAUCAGUGAAAGGCCGCCAGUGACCACAGGACUGCCGCCGGACGUAAAACGCUGCAUUGUCGCCGUGUUGUGCCGCUGCCACCGUCCCUCCAUGUCUUCUUCUUCUUUUUCUGCCCUCUGCCGCCAUCUCCCUACGGUUGCUCAACUCGUCGGUGUUUCCGUCACCGACGAAGACAUGGACGACGUAGCAAUUGUCAGAGGAACCAACACUCGUAGCCGCUGCUAUCAUCAUGGCUUGCUGUCACCGUCGCCGCCUCACUACUAG